AUGAUUGUGGACUUCAAGAAGAGCACUGUCCCCUCGCCCCCACCCUCCGUGAUGGACUCCCCCAUCACCUCUGUGGAGUCCUUCCGUUUCCUGGGCACCACCAUCACCCAGGACCUCAAGUGGGAGCCGACCAUCAGCUCCCUCAUCAAGAAGGCCCAGCAGAGGAUGUACUUCCUGCGGCAGCUCAGGAAAGCCAAGCUGCAGUUCUACACGGCCAUCAUCGAGUCCAUCCUCACCUUCUCCAUCACCUCCUCCAUCACCUCCUCCAUCACCUCCUCCAUCACCUCCUCCAUCACCUCCUCCAUCACCUCCUCCAUCACCUGCUCCAUCACCUCCUCAUCACCUCCUCCAUCACCUCCUCCAUCACCUCCUCCAUCACCUCCUCCAUCACCGUGUGGUUCGCUGGAGCCACAGUCAGGGACAAACAUAGACUACAGCGCAUUGUGCGCUCUGCAGAGGAAGUGA